UAGCAAUUUCAUGGCAAUUCCAUUGCCCCAACUUUCCAAGACUGACUAUACCUGCGCUACAAUUUCCUCUAUCCUUUUUCCUGCAAAUCUUUUUACACAAUACUCGACCCUGACCCCUAUAUAUCAAGGGUCAGAAACUCAUCUUUACGUCACAAAAAAUGGAACCCAUUAAAAUUUGCAAAUCUUUUCGUAGUUUUUCUCCGAAGAAGCUUACAUUGAGCUUACUAAAGCCCAAAUCAAAAUCAUUAAACUCUCCCGGGACUCGGAAAUCACCAAUUAUGACACCACGAAGAAACUCGAGUUGUAUCAACUCCAGGGAGGAGGAGUUCAAGGAAGUUUUUCGUCGUUUUGACGGUGAUAAUGAUGGGAAAAUUUCUGCAUGUGAACUAAGAUCCUAUUUUGGAUCUGUGGGAGAGUAUAUGUCACACGAGGAUGCUGAAAUAGUGAUCAACAAUCUUGAUACAGAUAAGGAUAAUUUUCUGGAUUUUCAAGAUUUUAUGAAACUAAUGCAGAAAGAAAGUGAAGAGGAGGAUUUGAGAAGGGCCUUCGAAAUAUUUGAAUUGGAGAAAGGGUCGGGUCGGAUCACGCCCAGAAGUUUGCAGAGGGUUUUGAGUCGAUUAGGGGACUCAAAAUCAUAUGAUGAGUGUGUAGCCAUGAUUCAAGUUUAUGAUAUGGAUGGUAAUGGCGAACUUGAUUAUCAUGAAUUUCAGCAAAUGAUGAUGGCUUGAAUUUUGAUUGAGGUUUUCUUAAUUAUAUUUUUAAGAAAAUAAUGGGAAAAAAGUUUGAUUUUUCGUUAACUAAUUGUAUAGGUGGAAUAAAGCAUGCAAAAUCGUCUGCAGUGAAUAAUAAGUAUUGCAAUUUGUGGACAUAAGUUUGAGGUUUUUAAUUUUUUAUAAGUUUCAUCUGUACUUUGUAAGUUCUAAGCGAAAACUUAUUUGUUUGUGUAUGAUUGAUACCCUGGUUUGAAUAAAACUGUACAGAAAUAAGAAAGAAAUAUAUGCUAUAUAAUUUAUUGCUUAA